GUGACAAGUAUAUUUCCUUCUCCUCCCUGGCGUUGUCUAAUCCACACCCUGAGGAACCAGCUCUCCCCAGUCCUCAAAUUCCUGGUCAGCUGCUAGCCACCCCUCCCCAGCUGCUCUGACCCAUGGAUGCGCUCGGCUGGACCAAGACCCGAUGGCCCUGGCAACAGUGUCUCCUCGGGCUGCUGCUGCAACUGUUUCUGGCUCUGUGUUUCUUCUCUUACCUGCGAGUGUCCCAAGACACGCCCUUGUGGUCCGCCAGGUCGGGGGCCGAUGCGGCAGAAGCUGUCCACGCGGCUCCCAACGGGUCCUCAGGGAUGGUGUCUUCCCAGGGGGCGCCCUGCCCGACCCCCCCUGGGUCCUCUGCCCGCCCGCCCCUGGUGCUCCUGCUGUGGACAUGGCCAUUCAACCACCCCGUGCCUCUGUCCCGCUGCUUGGAGCUGUGGCCGGGCACGGCCGACUGCCGGCUGACUGCGGACCGCAGGGCGUACCCUCAGGCGGACGCGGUGCUGGUGCAUCACCGCGAGGUCAGCUACGACCCGAGGAAGCAGCUCCCCACGUCCCCGCGGCCGCCGGGCCAGCGCUGGGUCUGGUACAGCAUGGAAUCGCCCAGCCACUGCGCGCAACUGAAGGCCCUGGACGGAUACUUCAACCUCACCAUGUCCUACCGCAGAGACUCGGACAUCUUCACACCCUAUGGCUGGCUGGAGCCGUGGCCCGGCCAGCCGGCCUCCACGGUGGUCAACGUCUCGGCCAAGACGGAGCUGGUGGCCUGGGUGGUGUCCAACUGGAGGGAAGACUCAGCCAGGGUGCGUUAGUACCACCUGCUGAAAGCUCACGUCCAAGUGGACGUGUAUGGGCGCUCCCACAGGCCGCUGCCGGAGAAGGCCAUGGCCCAGCAGCUGUCCCGGUACAAGUUUUACCUGGCUUUCGAGAACUCCUUGCACCCCGACUACAUCACCGAGAAGCUGUGGCGGAACGCCCUAGAAGCCUGGGCCGUGCCCGUGGUGCUGGGCCCCAGCAGGAGUGACUACGAACAGUUCCUGCCCCCCGACGCCUUCAUCCACGUCCACGACUUCCAGAGCGCCGAGGAACUGGGCCGGUACCUUCAGGCGCUGGACAAGGACCACGCCCGCUACCUGAGCUACUUCCGCUGGAGGGAGACGCUGCGGCCUCGGUUGUUCAGUUGGGCCCUGAUGUUCUGCAAGGCCUGCCGGAGGCUGCAGCAGGACUCCACCUACCAGACCGUGCCCAGCAUAGCUGCCUGGUUCACGUGAGCUGGCCGGGCCGGGGCGGGGGUCGCCCCACACCACACCCCUGGGGACACACCUGCCGGGACGCGGGUGGCCGGGGAGCUCGCUUAGCUGGGGCUUCACCGGCUGGCCACCUCUGCUGCCAGGAGACCGGCCCGGGCCACCUUUCCUGCCAGGGGCCUCCCCCCCCCGGAGGGUCUCACCCGCUGGGGACCCCACCCACGAAGGCACUCAGGCCCUGGGGAACCGGCCUGGGGGUCCCACCCGCUGGACGCGGUUCUGCUGGGUUUGCUUGGGGUUGCCCUUGCUGUUGUUAACCGCCUGUGGGGUGGCAGGUGGGCAAUACUGGCACCAGUCUCCA